AUGGACUCUGCUAGCGCCAUUUUGAAAAAGACAAAUCCAGCAGAACUGGCACAGAACGUGGCUGCCAUUGAAUCCUUGAUUGGUAAUGACAAGGCCACCCUUCAAGCAUUCCGUCACAAGAACAUUCUUCCCUUUGAUCCCUUUACGACCGUUCCUCCUCCGGAAAAGGGCGAAAAGGUGGAGAAACCCUUUUUGAAUUGUUCGUACAAUCGUGCGGAAAAGGGAGGCUACCGGAGUCCGUGGACGGGUCGGUAUUAUUUGAUCAACAAGACCGCCAGUGAAAUCGACAUUAGUAUUUACGAAAAGCCAGUGCCACAACAAGAAGAAGACCUCCGUCAUUUGGAGAACAUUGCCAAUGAAGUUUGGGAAGCCUAUACUCAUUUGUAUUAUGGCCACGGAGGCAUAGGCAGUGUCUAUAUGAAACCGCUUGACAAGGGUGGUUUUGAAGGACUCUUUGGUGUUCACAAACGAACGGAAGAAAACGGAGCUUGGGACAGUGUGCAUUUGGUCAAGGUGGACGAACCAGACAUGUUGGAAGGAACCUGUACCUACAGGGUGGAAUCGGCCGUGGUCAUGUCCUUAUCUCCAGCGAAUGACCAAGCCACGAUUAGUUCUUCCCUCACCAAAGAUACAGUCAAGACUUGUAAUAUUCGUCACAAUCACAUGAACGGAAGUCAUUUGGAAAAUAUUGGCACCAUUUUGGAAGAUGUGGAAAUUGACUUUCGAUCUCGGAUGGAACGGGUGGACAUUCCCAAGACUAUGGAUGUUGUGGAGUCAAUUUAUAGAAAACAAAUGGUAGGAUCUGCCGUCCACUUGAUCAAGGAACGAACUUCCAUGACUUCUAUUAGCAAUGCGGGUGCCGGUAUGAUUAGUGAAAUUGCCAAUAUGGCCAAUAAGAAACGGAGUUCGGCAGUCAUGGCGGCCAUGAAAAGGAAUGAAAAGCUUCGGGAGAAUAAUGAAAAGGUGGCGGUGGACAAGGAUACCAGAGGUGAUAUCUUGAACGACUUUAAAAACAACCUCAAAGUUGCGGCACCCGUACCUACGCCGGUGCAAGUUGGAGGCACACCGACACCGGAAUUCCUCAAUUUUCGUGACAAACUGAAAAAGAGGGAAAGCAAACAAUGA